CAGCUGAUGUUAGAGAGCAAUAAUCUUUCAAUCAAGAGAUUUCAUCUUUUUGGUUGUUGAUAAAUAUCGAACGUAGCUUAGCUGUCGGCACUGCUCGCUAUCUGUACUGUUAUCUGAACCCAUCAGUUACCAAAGCUUCAUCAGAGCACCCAUUCCUAGCAGUUUACCUCUCCGACAAUAUCUCCACCUCAAUCAAACCACACAUUUAUAUUCUAUCCAAAUCACAACCCAGCAAUGAUAAAUAAACCCCUUCUAUCGCUAUCAUCCGCCAGAUGCUCGCGCGCGUCGCUGUGGUGCCGGGGCCACCAGAAGAUGUCGGUCAACGCCGGAGGCCUCCGGCCCUCUGAUUUUCGGCUGGCUUCCCAGAAAUCAUCAUUAGCCUCGCCGCUGCUUUCCUUGUCUCUGUCCUUGACUCGUCCGUUUUCAUCGUCGAAUAUCGCAAAAAUGCCUGCUACCGAUCCCGCUCUUACCAUUGUUUCCACCAACUCCUCUGCCGCCCCGCGUGCUCCCUACUCGCAGGCUGUCAAGGUCAAUGACUUCCUCUACUGCUCGGGUCAGAUCCCCAUGACCCCUGAGGGCGUUAUCCUCACCGAGAUCCAGCCCGCUGCUCUCCAAUGCCUUAACAACCUCAAGGCUGUCCUCGAGGCCGGCGGUUCCAGCGUCGGCAAGAUCUUCAAGGUCAACGUCUACCUCACCGACAUGGAGCAGUUCGGUCCCGUCAACGAGGUUUACUCCGAGUUCUUUGGAGAGCAUAGACCUGCUAGAACCUGCAUUGCUAUCAAGCAGCUUCCCCUCGGUGCUGUCAUCGAGAUCGAGUGCAUUGCUCUCGCUUAAAUGUUGUACUCAAACCUGGUACAGAUGGUGUUGAUAUACCGUCUAUGGAUCUGUGUUGAGAUAAAAUAGUGUUUUUUUAAAUAUACAUAUUCUAUAGCU